AUGUCACACUUCACCGCACGCCUGAAAACUUUAGCUUCUGGUAUCCUUUCAAGAAGAUUUAUCAGUUCUUCGAAAACCCUAACCAACAAUAAUAGAAAUGGGUUCUCAAUUAAACCACAACAGAAAAACUCCCUCGACAUUGGAUCCAAUUCUACAAAAAAAGCAAUUAAUAACAUGAAACAAAUUGAUGAUAAAUUUGUAAAGAAGUUUCAACCAGGUUCAAUUUAUGAUCCAUUCGAUUUCUCCAUGGCAAGACUUUACUAUACUAGGAAAAAUAAUAUGAAUGGGAUCAAUAACAACAGAAGAAUUAUAAACCCAAAUAUAUUGGACAAAAAAUUCAAUCCAUUAGAUCUAUAUUCAAGUCCAAAUAAAUUAUAUCCGUUUCUAACUUCAACAGGGAAAAUUUUACAUAGAGACGUUACGGGAUUAUCUGCCAAGAAUCAAAGGAGAGUUUCAAAAGCAAUUAGAAGAGCUCAAAGUAUUGGUCUAAUAUCUAAAACUUGCGGGAAUCUAAAUACCUUACCAACAAGAAAUAUUCAACAAUAG